UAAAAUUUUCGUAAAAUUUUCAUAAUUGACAUUAAAAUGAUUGAAAAAAAUGCAAAAAUUUCAGUACUACGAACUAUGAUCGGCUUAGGCGAAGAAAUCGAGCCACAUUUCAUCGUACCGCAGAACUCCGUCUCAAAUAUACGCAAAAAAAUGGGCCUCAGCGAGCAACAAAGUAGUAAACAAAUGCCAGCACUUAUACCGCUAGAAAACUCAUUGCGAAGCACGCAACCAGCAACCGUAAAGUGUGCACAUUGCGAAAAUAUGGCCAAGAAUUUCCUCUAUCUCGAGAGCCUCAUACGCAACAACUACAAUCCGAAGUCAAAGUGUGGCCUUUGCUACUCAUCGCUCAAGUACCUGCAAUAUGUGAACAAGAGUAUUAUGCAAGUCUUCGGCAAUUUUGAAACCAUCGUGCAAGCCGGAAGGGCUUUCAACAGCGGCAAAGCGCGCUUAUCCACAUUUAAUACUACUAAUACACGCGCGCUUCUUGCCAAGUCACCAAACAAAUCUAACAGCAAGAAAAACGUAGCCAGAAAGCGAUUGAAAGGUGGCAAAGUCACGCGUCCGGUGAUGCAAAAAACCGGAAAGAGUGUAAGUAAUGUUCGCUUGGUCGGCGGUGGAAAAUUAAUCAAAUCACGCAGCCGCCAUGAGAAGAUCAAGAGCAAGAAUAAAAAAGCACCCAUUGCACGCUUGACAGCCGGAGUCGCGGGCAAGCGAAAGAAGCCGGUGAAUAUAAAGCUAAAUGGUGUCAAGCAAAAGAAUGUGAAAUCGAAACGUAAAAGGAUGAGCGCAGUUCGGACUAUCCAUUAUUGCGGAAUCAGGCAUGGGGAGGACAAUGAAAGGAAGGACUAGAAUAUGAAACGGUUAUGAUUACUUAAGUUGGGACUAAAUAGAUGAGCAAAAUUUUUUGUGAUUUACGAAUUUAAGGAUAUUUGGAGAUCAAAACAAAAUAUGAAGUAGUAUAAUAAAGGAAUUUUAUGAAAUUUAAAA